AUGGAAGGUCGGGAUGCGCCAGCACGUAAGGUGAUGGUCGUUGUGGACCCAACUCGUGAAUCAGCAGCUGCUCUUCAAUACACCCUCUCACACGCAUUGAUAGAAAAAGACACCCUAAUUCUAUUCCAUGUUGAAAACAGCAAUGCAUGGAAAAAUCCCUUUGGUUCAUUUUUCAGAAAAUCCUCGGUGCAGUCGGCUGGCUCGGCUAGUACUGUCGCCUCCUCGUCAUCCACGGAAGCUAGCGGAGGAGUUAUGGACUUUCUUGAAGCAAUGAAGCAUGCUUGUGAAAUUGCUCAUCCAAAGUUAAAGAUUCUUGUAGAGCAAGCAGACAUGGUGGAUGGAAAGGACAAGGCUUCCAUAAUUCUUGCCCAAACCAUAGCUCAAAAAAUUGAUCUUCUUGUUAUUGGGCAGCGGAGGAGUCUAUCUAAUGCAAUAUUAGGGUGA